AUGAUGGAAGAAAGUACUGAGAGAGGUACAAGGGAAGAUAGUGAGAACCCUUUAAAUCAAGUAUAUGUUGAAGGCAGGAUGCCUUCAAUGAGAGAACUUGACAAGGACAUUCUCCUCAAUCCUUGGGUAGCCUUGGCAGCUAUGAAUGAAUUCCUGGAGAAUAUCUGGCAACAAUGGAGGGAUUAUGGGUUUGGACCCAAAAGCUUCCAUAACCACAGGAUAGAUCCAGUCAAGAACCUCAAGGACCAAACUAGCAGGGCUAGCAGCCCAGACACUAGGGCAGCAGAAAAGAGGGAAGAGGAAGGUUACCCACAGGGCAAAGCUAUAGUGCCCCAGUUGGAGGUGGAAGCAAUAGGAGCAGUCUUGCCCCUAGCAUGCCAAACUGACCAGUGUACAGUGACAGACAAAACUGUUGCAAUGCUUGUGAUGCUAUUCUUCAUGGGCAGUUAUGAUACAUAUACCAUUGGAAAGGGGAACUUCCAGCUUUCCAGAACAUUAAGGUGCAUUGCAACACUUUUGUCCCUGACUGGUGAAAUAGUGAAAAGUGACCUUGUGAUGGGAUUGAGGGUAUGA